ACCACUAGGAGCCUCUUUCUCUCCCUCUCUGACUCUGAGAUCCUGAGUUGCAUUGAGGGCCUGCUCUGAAACAGGAGCUCCGGAGCUUGCUGACACGUGUGUCUGUGUGGCUAGAUGUCUACACGGUACUCUAGAAAAGGCCUCUACAACUUCUUGUACAACCUGAACAUGGCGUCCCAACUCCUCUGCUCAAAGGUCUGAGCAAUGAAGAGACCAAAAGACAAAUGAAGUACAUUUUGGUGACUGGUGGCGUGAUAUCGGGGAUUGGAAAAGGUAUUAUCGCCAGCAGCAUUGGAACCAUCCUGAAGUCUUGUGGGCUACAUGUCACCUCAAUCAAAAUCGACCCGUACAUUAAUAUUGAUGCUGGAACAUUCUCCCCAUACGAACAUGGUGAGGUGUUUGUGUUGGAUGAUGGCGGCGAGGUAGAUUUGGAUCUGGGAAACUAUGAGCGGUUUCUAGACAUCCGUUUAACAAGAGACAACAACAUUACAACGGGGAAGAUCUACCAGUCGGUGAUUAAUAAAGAAAGGAAAGGAGAUUAUCUGGGCAAAACCGUACAAGUUGUUCCACACAUCACAGAUGCCAUUCAGGAGUGGGUGGUCCGACAGGCACUCAUUCCAGUCGAUAGCGAUGGUGUAGAGCCUGAAGUGUGUGUCAUUGAGCUCGGUGGUACAGUGGGAGAUAUUGAGAGCAUGCCUUUCAUUGAAGCAUUCCGUCAGUUCCAGUUCAAAGCCAAAAGAGAGAAUUUUUGCAACAUUCAUGUCAGUUUAGUUCCUCAGCCAAGUACAACGGGGGAACAAAAAACAAAGCCAACCCAAAACAGUGUUCGGGAACUGCGAGGCCUAGGACUGUCACCAGAUUUGAUUGUCUGUCGCUGCACAACUCCCAUGGAGAAAUCUGUCAAAGAAAAGAUCUCUAUGUUCUGCCAUGUAGAACCCGAACAGGUCAUCUGUGUGUAUGAUGUCUGUUCCCUCUACCGAGUCCCCUUAUUACUUGAAGCAGAAGGUGUGGUGGGCUAUUUUAAGGAGAGGCUCAACCUCCAGUUUGAAGCGAACUCUAGAAGACUACUGAACAAGUGGAAAGAGAUGGCAGAUAGGUAUGAUCGUACAUUAGAGAUUUGCUCCAUUGCAUUGGUUGGUAAAUACACCAAACUCUCAGACUCCUACGCUUCAGUCAUAAAGGCUUUGGAACAUGCGGCUUUGGCUAUUAACCAGAAACUGGAAGUAAAGUAUAUUGACUCUGCAGAUUUGGAACCUUGUAGACAGCUGGAUGAGCCUGUCAAAUUCCAUGAAGCUUGGCAGAACCUGUGUAGUGCCAACGGAGUCUUGGUUCCUGGUGGUUUCGGUUCUCGAGGCACAGAGGGAAAGAUUCUCGCCAUUGCUUGGGCCAGAAGACAGAAGAAACCGUUUUUAGGUGUCUGCCUUGGAAUGCAGUUGGCCGUUGUCGAAUUUGCACGAAAUGCACUUAACUGGCCAGAUGCUAAUUCUACUGAAUUUAAUCCUGAUACAAAGUAUCCUGUGGUGAUUGACAUGCCCGAACACAAUCCUGGAGAGAUGGGAGGAACCAUGAGACUUGGCAAGAGGAGAACGAUCCUGAAGGAAAAGAAUUCAGUAUUAAGGAGGUUGUAUAAGGAUUGUGACUACGUUGAAGAGCGUCAUAGGCAUCGAUACGAGGUAAAUCCAGCAAUGAGAAAUAACUUUGAAGAAAAGGGAUUUCAUUUCGUUGGCCAGGACGUGGAGGGAGAACGAAUGGAAAUAAUUGAACUAGAUGAGCAUCCCUAUUUUGUUGGCGUUCAGUACCACCCAGAAUUCACCUCCAGACCAAUGAAACCGUCACCACCUUACUUGGGCCUGAUGUUGGCUGCUUCAGGAAAACUUCAGCGUUACUUGGAAAAGGGUUGCCGGCUGUCGCCCAGAGAUACCUACAGUGAUCAAAGUGGGAGCAGUUCGCCUGAUUCUGAAAUUGUGGAUUUAAAACUGUCAGCUAUUCUAACACAGGAAUAAUACUUGGUGUCGCUUCAUUCUACAGCUCUGAAUGGUUGGUGUAUGAAUUGCAACUUCCUCUUGAUUUUACAGUAUUACAUAUUUGGUCUGUUGCUCUCGUCCACACAGCACACUGCCUGAGAACCAUCGUUUGUUUCAUUUCGUGUUACUUUGUGAGCGUCAGUGCAAAUUGUAUCCAUUUAUUAUAUAAAAGGAAUUAUCUUUCGUUCAGGUCUCCUAACAUAAGCCUGUAUAGAUUUUAGAGUUAAGUUUUGGAAUCUUGGAUUUUUCUACAGUGACAUGAAAUCAAAGUAACAUAUUGUAAUGGAAUUAGCAAGGAUCAUGUGGCAUACAUUUGGGACAUCGAAUGUAAAACCAAUUGUUCAUUUUGAAAAGUUCCUGUCUCCCAACGUUCUUAUGUUUAUGGCAAACUGUACUUUUCCUUUGACACUACCUCUGCAAAAUGUGGCUUUAACAGUGUACUACUUCAUUUUUGUUUAGACUCCUGUGUCUGAUUCAAGUUUCUCCUGAUGUUUUCUUUUAUACCUCAGUAUAUUGCAGGUGCAGGGUUGGAAGGAUUGCAUUUUUCUGUUUAGUUUAUGCACUGUUAAACUCAGUGUGAAACUGGGACUGCAAAAGUUUAUUUCAUGUUGUUGAGAGAUGUAACUUCUUAUUUUUUACACAAGGGUGGAAUUACUUGACUUUGUUUAGAAAAUGCAGUCACAUUAUUGCCAUAAAGAAACAACAAUCAGGGAAUUUGGGACUGUACUCUUUCAUGUUUCCAUUCAUUGCAAGCAAGUGAAUUACAGCUGAUUUUGUAGUUUGGGAGCAGACCCUUCAAAAAGCAGCUGCAUUAUAUUAGCUUAGCACUUCAGCCUUGUUCCAGCAAUUAAUUUGAUAAGUACCUAGGUUAGAACCAGCAUUGAAAGGCCUGUCUCAGAAGUUCCCCAGUUUAAAAAGGAGGUUGUAAUUCGCUAAGACACCCACAUAUUUUCCACAGCUUGAUGGAGUCAGAGCUGCUUGCUUUACUCAGCAGUCAUAUUGGCAUUCACACACAGAAGAAAGAAUGAUCCCAUCAUCGUCUGGUUCCUGCUUGAGUUCUUGCUCUGGAUUCAUGGCUGGAACUGGAUGAAAAAUCCCGAAGAACCGCACCAAAGAGGUCACUUUAAGAGUAUGGUUAAAUGCUCCUCUUCACCUUUAGAAUUGUUUUGAGACGUUGUUCCCAACUCAUUCCCAUGGACUUUAAGUCAGUUUAGAAUACAUUGCAAUUUAUGCUUUUGUUAUGUCACCCCAGCAUACUUGGCUUGACAGGGUAGAUGCUGAAAGGCAGUUUGCCCAGGUUGAGUAAGCUGGAAAUUAAAUGGGACAACCUCAGGAUAAGGAGUCGACAAUCUGGGACUGGAUGAGGUGAAAUUUCUUCUCCCGAGAAGUUUUCAAUCUUUGGAAUUCUCUGAGCAUCACGAGAUCUCUGUAGAUGUCUCUGAACUUGUUCAAGACCAGGGUUGAUAGAUUUUUGCGAAUCAAGGGAUAUGGGGGAAUAGUCCAUGUUGGUGGCAUUUUUUUCAGUCGGCCACUUCCUUACUGGAAGACACAGCAAACUUGGCUUCAGCUUGUAUUUCUUUGGUAACAUUAGAUUUUAUUUAUUUAUUCUUGGGACGUGGUCAUCGCUGCCUGUUCCUAAUUGCCUCAAGGGCAGUUAAGUGUCAGCCACAUUGCUGACAGUCUGGAGUCAUGUGGAGACCAGACCCAGUAAGGAUGGCAGUUUCUCUUGCCAGAGGAUAUUCAUGAAUCAGAUAGGUUUUUCCCAACCGUCAACACUGUCAUCAUUAUCCUCUUAACUCUAGAUUCUUAAAAAUUGAUUACAAAAUUCCACCAUCUGACGUGGUGAAAUUUGUACCUAGGUCCUCACUUCAGUGCCCGUAUCUCUGGCUUAAUAGUUCAGCAAUAAUACCCACCAGGCCAUCCCCUCCCCUGGAGUUUGAUGCUGAAGUAAUGGUGGUGACUAAUGAUGAGGUUCAGCCUGAUACAAGAGUGGAAUUGUGAACAAGCUCGCUUACAUUGAUGAUAACCAACAACUCAAACGGAUGGUAUCCGGGAAGCCCAAUCUUGAUCACCUUGGUUUACUCUAAUUUGGGUAGAUGCAACACUUGGCAGCUUAAAACCAGCAAACUUAUGGCAAAACAGCAACAUAUGUUGUCUGUGGUUAGACCCCUUCCCUGGCACUUUAACACAAGUAUCUGAACCUAUCAAUGCAAAAUACCCAUUUAACAACAUACAACAGGACAGGGUCUGUAUUUCCCCUCGUUCCAUGGUUAAUUAAGCAUUAACCAAGUGGGAAGAGCCAUAGCUGUAGACUGAACGUUGUGGAGUGCAAGUGGGUAUUUAUCAUAACCACAAGCUGUACCAAACUUGAAAUGAAACUGUGCCUGCUUUUAUAAUUCAUCAUGGAAAGAAACUCUUGAUUCAUAUAAUCUUGCAAUAAAGAUGAAUGGAAGUAUUGUA